AUGGUCGCUAACAAAUCACACACAAGCUUGACCUCGCGCAGAUCGUCCUUUUUCAACUCGUACCAGUUGGAGCACCCACCUCACCCCGAUGUUUUCUACGUCGGAGUGGAUGUGGGCACGGGAUCUGCUCGAGCCUGUGUUAUUGACUCCAACGGUAUUAUUUUGGGGCUCAGCGAGAGACCAAUUACGCGCCACCAAUUGAAGCCAAACUUCAUCACACAGAGCACGACGGAAAUCUGGUCCGCCAUUUGCUUUUGUGUCAAGAGCUGUUUGCGCGACUCGGGAAUCGACCCUGCCGACGUUUUCGGCAUUGGUUUUGACGCCACCUGCUCGUUGGUUGCGAUCCACGAGUCCACGGACGAGCCCGCGGCGGUCGGGCCAGACUUUGCCGACCACCGUGAGAACAUCAUCUUGUGGAUGGACCACCGUGCCGAAGACGAGACUAUAGCCAUCAACUCCACGGGCGAUAAGGCAUUGAAGUACGUGGGCGGCCAAAUGUCCAUUGAAAUGGAGUUGCCCAAAAUGAAGUGGUUGAAGCACAACCGCGCUGGCGGCUUGGAUGACCUCAAAUUCUACGACUUGGCCGACUUUUUGACCCACAAGGCCACAGGGUCCGAGGCGCGUUCCUUCUGCUCCACUGUAUGCAAGCAAGGUUUCGUGCCCCCAGGAGUUGACGGUUCAACGACAGGAUGGUCUGCUGAGUUUUUGCAGCAGGUUGACUUGCCCGAAUUGGCUGCAAACGACUUUGCCAAAUUGGGUGGUAUCCCGGGCAAGAACGGCACUUUCUUGAGUGCGGGUGACGUUGUGGGCAAGCUUUCGACCCGCGCAGCUGAGGAAUUGGGUCUCACAACCGAGUGUGUCGUUGGAAGCGGUGUCAUUGACGCGUAUGCAGGCUGGAUCGGAACAGUGGCUGCAAAAGUUGACCACCCUUCUUUUCCAGAGUUGGCGCGCCAAUCCAACGGCUCGAUGGCUGCCGCAUGUGGCCGUUUGGCUGCUGUGGCCGGUACCUCCACGUGCCACAUUGCCAUGACCCAAGACCCUUGCUUCGUGCGCGGUGUUUGGGGCCCCUACAAGGAUGUGUUGGGCCCGGGCUACUGGUUGGCUGAAGGCGGUCAGUCGUGCACUGGUGCUCUCUUGGCCCAUGUUUUGUCCACACACCCAGCCCACGGCCAGUUGUCGCACUUGGCCGAAGAAUCCAACUUGUCCAAGUUCGAUUACUUGAACUUGGUUUUGGAGAACAUGGUCACCGAGACCAAAAGUCGGUCCGUGGUGGCAUUGGCCAAGCACAUUUUCUUUUACGGUGACUUCCAUGGCAACCGUUCGCCCAUUGCAGACCCUCGUAUGCGUGCUUCCAUCAUUGGUCAGUCCAUGGACACUUCGGUGAAGGACUUGGCGUUGCAAUACUUUGGGGCAUGUGAAUUCAUUGCUCAACAGACUCGCCAGAUCAUUGAGGAGAUGGAAAAGGGCGGUCACCGCAUCCUGUGCGUGUACAUGAGCGGAGGCCAGUGCCGUAACGGUUUGUUGAUGCGCUUGCUCGCUGAUUGCACAGGCUUGCCUGUGAUUGUGCCUCGGUACAUUGAUGCGGCUGUAGUGUUUGGCAGUGCUUUGCUUGGUGCUGUGGCUGCACAAGAUGCCGUUGAAGAACAUUUGUCGCACAAGGGCCGUUCACGCCGGUCUUCGCUGGCCCACCCAGACCAAAUUCCUGCAGAACCACCACACUCUCCAUACACUGCGCCAUCAGCCACUGCAUCGUCAACUAACAUGAGUGCUUUUGUGUAUGCCAGUGCAGGUGUUCACCUGCAGCCACAGAUGACGCCUGUCGGGGAAGAAGGCGGAGACUACUUCAGCCAGCGCGCCAAGGAGACAGACAGUGACUCCGAAGAGGAGCAAACCUUGUCGUUUGGCUCGAAACAGAACACAUCGCGUGCUGUGCAAAAGGACUUGUCGCACAAGUUGCACAAGUUGAAUCUUAAGCCAUUGACGAGUCUUCUGGACAAGAAGACGAAGCCCGCCCAUGCUGGCGACCGUUUAUGGCAGACGAUGGAGAACAUGACCGGACCAGGUAAGGCCAUCUUGCCAAGCAGCGAAAACGACCCAGACAGGAAGCUUUUGGCUGUUAAGUACAAGGUGUUCCUCGAGCAGUGCUUCAAGCAACAAGAGUACCGCGCGAUGGUGGACGAGGUUGAAAGCCAGAACAAGGCUUAA